CCCUUUAUAAAAACCCUUCCCAGGAGUCCUAACUGCUAGACGCAAGCAAGCAAGAGAGAACAUUGUCCAGGAUACCUUGCAUAAAAAGAUCAUGGCUGGGAAUCUGCCUGUACCGUACAAACAGCCCAUCUACCUGCCAAUUGGUUGCAAGGUGAAGAUUGUUGGGAAACUGUCUGCCUCAGCAGCAAGUUUCCAGGUGGAGUUUUACAGUGGUACCACCGAAGACUCCAACAUUGCCUUCCGAUUCUUGGUCAUCCCAGAUGGAUAUGUAACAAUGAACAGCUAUGAGGAAGGGGAAUGGAAACAGGAGGAACAGCUGAGAUUUAUGCCCUUUUCUAAGGGCCAACCUUUUGAUCUCCAAUUUGUGAUGAUGCCUGACAAGUACCAGGUGAUUGUGAAUGGCAAACCUAGCUUUCAGUUUGAACAUCGGUUGCCUCUGCAGACAGUCCAGAUGUUUGGAAUAGAAGGAGAUGUGAAACUAUAUGAAGUCACAUAUUAUUCAUGAAACCAGCAAUGCAAUUAGGGCAAGAGAUUUGUUUGUCAUCAGAAUAAAGAGAUUUCUUUCUCUCCAUGUAAUGUGUUAUGGGGCUUAAAACCAAAAAUAAAGCUUCUCAUCCUCCCUG